CCAGGUGACAUCGGGGGCCAGAUGGGGCUAUUUAUUGGUGCCAGUAUCCUCACAAUCCUGGAAAUCUUUGAUUAUCUCUAUGAGGUUUUCCGAGAUAAACUACGUGGAUAUAACCAGAGGCGAACAGGAACUCAGAGACGAGAAAGUGACAGCACAGAAAGCCCAGAUGUCCCAUCCAGCCCCACCCUGGGCCCCAUUCCCUCCCCCAGGUACUUACUGACUAGGGACAAUGGGGGGGGGGGCAGAAUCUGAUGGGGGAAAUCCA